AUGCCGGCUGAUACGGCGGCGGCCAUCAAUGCUGCCCGUGGCGACGGACGUCGCAUCAUCGCCGUGGGCACCACCACCGUGCGCACGCUGGAGCAGGUGGGGCGGAACGCUUACCUCCACCAGCGGGAAAUCAUCGAGCCGACCACCGGCGACGCCGACCUGUUUAUAUUGCCGGGACACCGGUUUCGCCUGGUGGACGCAAUGCUGACCAACUUCCACCUGCCCCGCUCCACGCUGCUGAUGCUGGUUUCAGCCUUCGCCGGGAGGGAAACCAUAUUGUCGGCGUAUGAAACCGCGGUUAAGCAGGAAUACCGGUUCUACUCGUUCGGCGACGCGAUGCUGAUCUUGUGA